AUGCGCGGCCCGCAACACCCCUCUGCCUCGCCGCCCUCCCACGACGCCGGCCGUAUCCGCCUCCCCAGAGUCCGUACCGGCUGCCUCUCCUGCAAGGCCGCCCACGUCAAGUGCGACGAGGCAAAGCCCGCCUGCCACCGCUGCCACCGUGCUGCCCGCCCUUGCGCCUAUCCCGCCCCGCCAGGCCACAAGAAGAAGGCUCACGAUGUCUCGUCUGCCCGUGCCCUCCUGGCAGCUCGCAAGCCCCUGCGCCACCUUCUGCCAGCAUUCGGGUCGAAGGCUGCGUCACUCGUCCCAGCAGCUGCCGUCGCCCUGCUGAACCGCCCCAUUCAGUUCAGCGAUCUCGACGAUCCCAAUGCCGCCAUCUACUUUGACCGCUUCAAGGCACAGGCUGCUCGGUACCGCAGUGCCACCAACGAAAGCGACGACUUUUGGUUCAGGACCCUGCUGCGCGAAACCGCCCAUGACAAGGGCAUCCUGGCGGCGGUGCUCAGUCUCGGUGCCCUCGCUCAAGCAUUUGGCAAUGCCGCCGAGCAUGUCUCGCUCUUUUCCCUCAACUGCGCCAUCCUGCCGGACUCCCAGCAGACGUCCUAUCGCGAUGCCGUCAAAUACUAUUCCCUCUCGAUUUCGAGACUGCGCCAACGCCUCGAGAACCCAGAGUUGCUGCAUGAGGAGCCAUCGCCCAAGGACACCGCGCCUGCCAAACAGUAUACGUCCCGGUCUGUGCUCAUCUCGUCUAUCCUCUACUCUGCGUUCGAGCUCAUGCACGGUAACUCGUACACGGCUGACUGCAUCGUCGCCAAGAGCAUGAGCAUACUGCGCACAAUGAUCCUGCACGGGAAGCAGCUUACAUUGCCGGCUCUCGCGGACCUGACACUGCAAGACAAGGCCGAGGCACCGCGACAAGACGUGCCAUAUAUCCAGAUCAGCAGAAGUUGUGACGAUGAAGGCAUUGAGGAAGCCGAGUGGCUGCUUGUCCGACGAGCGGUCCUUGGCGCUCUCUACGCGCCGAUGCGGCCCCUGAGUCGAGACGUCAUUUGUCGACUGCCCGGCCUCAACUUUCUGGCCGGCUCUAGCCCGCCGCCUAUCAACGCCAGCCCCAUGACCUUUUGGAAGCUCUAUUUUCGAUGGGUCCCACUGGCCGCCCUCUGGUAUGUGCGCGCUGGCUCCGUGCGUCUCCCAGUGCCUGGGGAAAGGCUCUCGGGCGCCCACGAGCAAGAACAUGCCAUCAAACAAGCCGGCCUUUUAGAAGAAGAACCCUGGGCGUCCUUGCUGAGGGAACGGGAAGCUCUCAGUGAGCAGGUCAUUGCUUGGGAGACGGCAGUGCACGCCAAGCUGACGACGACGCUGACAACUGAGGAGUCCUCUAUCCUCCUGCAGAUCCUCCCCAACUGCAAGAACUUGCGGUACCAAUUCCUGACCCUUUUCGACUCCAUCAUGAACCCCGAGAAGCGCGCAGAGAUGCGCACACUGGCCUGCGAGAUCAUUGAUAUAGGCGAGAAGGUGUUCGAGGCGCUACCGGGCAUUACCGAGGGGCGCGACGAGAUGCGCGAGAGUCUGUCGGCAGUCGGCGUCCUGAUGAGCCAGAACUGCCGGGAGUCGUCCAAUGUCCGGCGGCGUGCUCUGAAGUUAUGCAAGCGACUGAUUGACUCGCAGUCGCGAUGGGACGCGAAGGGCUUGGUCAUGGGGAUCAGCAAGUUGAUGGAGCUGGAAGAAGAAGGUCGCGACUUUGAGGAGGACAUGAUACCCGUGCACGCGCAGUGGGACUGGACAAACGCGACGUGGAAUGAUGCCUACACCGAGCUAGACGUGUUGUACACGUCUCGGGCACUGACUACCGCAGAGGAGGAUGUUGACAAAUUUGUGGAAGAUGGUGUCCCGCUAAAGCGCAGGAUGACUCUAAAGCCUGGAGAUUAUGGCUACUAG